AUGAGGCUUCUCAUCCUGGCCUGUCUCGCUAUCUGCUGCCUCAGUGCCUACAUUGUGGAAGGUGUGGGGAGUGAAGUUCCAGACAGGAGCAUCUGUAUGAGUUUACAUACCCGGCCACUGCCAGUCCAGAAAAUCAAGUCCUACACCAUCAAGGAAGGCUCCCUGAGAGCAGUGAUUUUCAUUACAAAACGUGGCCUGAAAAUCUGUGCUGAUCCGGAAGCCAAGUGGGUGAAAGCCGCAGUAAAACAUGUGAACAAGAAGUCCACGGUCAGAAUAAACAUGGCCCAGACCAAGCCUACAGAAGCUCAACUAUCCACCAGCAGUGCUGUGCCCCUGACUGGGCAGUGA